GUGAUAUACUCGUAGUCAUCAAUCCGAUGACAUAUCAUUUUCUUUGUAUGUCCUCUGCCCUGCCAUUAAUCAUUUUCUCUGUGUGUCCUCAUUCCCUGCCAAUAAUUUGAUUCUACGUCCCGCAUAAACCGGUAGACGAUAAGCUGGAGCUGCAACUAAAUCAAGUCUGAAGUUCCAAGAAGCUCUUUCUCUCUCUUUUUUUUUUCUCUUCUUCGCGCAGUUCGGAUUUAUCUCUUUGGGCGUCGCGUAUGGCUUCUUCUUCCAGUUCGCCGUUAGCAGCAGUAUAGAAUUCCAGAUCCAGCUUGUUUUCCCCAAAAAUUAGUUGACCUCGCAAAAAUUCUAAGCAUGAUGGCUCUGUUCAAAUCUAAAUCUUAGAUUCCGAAACCAUUCAAAUUAUUGUAGAAUGUCGCAAGCAUUAUUGUAAGCUGCGGAUCGGUCGGAGUCGGAGUUGCAGAAUGCAGGCAAUUAAAGACAGAGCACAUAUAAAAGAGCAUCGUCUUCGCAAUCAGCAUUAUUGGCGAUCUUCUGUACUGCCACUUUUGUUCUUAAUCAUUCUCUCCAUUGCCGCAAUUGUUUACACGCGCCUGCUUGACGCUUCCUCGAUUGCUCAAAACUACUCAGAGCAUUCCAUAUUCACAGGCAUAACAUUUCACAACUACCACAGUAGAGAGUAUACCAAGAAAACCACCCAAUCUGAUGAAUUCCCCGUAAAGAAAAUUGAAAUCCCGCUUAACUGCACAGCUGGAAUCUCGAAGCGGACCUGCCCAGCAAAUUACUACCCAUCACAGCUUCUCGUACAAGAUCAGAACAUUGCUACAAGUCCUCCUCAACCUACGUGUCCAGAUUACUUCCGUUGGAUCCACGAAGACCUAUGGCCAUGGAGAGAAACAGGAAUUACGUUGGAGAUGCUGAGCAUGGCUAGGAAGACAGCCCAUUUCCGAUUGGUUAUAGUCAAUGGAAGGGCUUACGUGGAGAAGUUCAGGAGGUCGCAUCAUAGUAGAGACACCUUUACGUUGUGGGGGAUUCUUCAGUUAUUGCGCAAGUACCCAGGUCAACUCCCUGAUCUGGAACUCAUGUUUGACUGCAACGACCGGCCGGCUAUCAUGAAGGAAGUUCAAAGCGGACCAAAUUCACCGGCCCCGCCGCCGUUAUUCGCUUACUGUAGAGAUGAUGCCACCUUGGACAUUGUUUUUCCAGAUUGGUCAUUCUGGGGAUGGCCAGAGCUGAAUAUAAAGCCAUGGGAGUCAUUGUCAAAGGAUCUAAAAGAAGGGAAUGAGAGGAGUAGAUGGGUAGAGAGGGAGCCACAUGCUUACUGGAAGGGGAACCCUGCAGUGGCACGAAACAGGUUGGAUAUGGCAAAAUGCAACGUUUCAGACAAACAGGAUUGGAAUGCUCGCAUUUACUCUCAGGACUGGAUUCGUGAGCAGCAGCAAGGUUACAAACAAUCUGACUUAGCAAGCCAAUGCACACACAGAUACAAAAUCUAUAUCGAAGGCGUUGGAUGGUCUGUGAGUGAGAAGUACAUUCUCGCCUGUGAUUCUCUGACCUUACUAGUGAAGCCACGUUAUUACGAUUUUUUUGCAAGAAGUUUGAUGCCUUUGGAGCAUUACUGGCCGAUAAGAAAUGAUGACAAGUGCAGAUCACUAAAGCAUGCUGUUGACUGGGGCAACACCCACCCGCAAGAGGCACAAGCCAUUGGGAAGGCAGCAAGCAGUUUCAUACAAGAGGAGUUGAAGAUGGAUUACGUGUAUGACUACAUGUUUCACCUGUUGAGCGGAUACGCUAAGCUAUUGAAAUUCAAGCCUGGUGUUCCUCGGAAAGCGGUCGAAGUUUGUUCCGAGUUUAUGGCUUGUCCUGCACAGGGAUUGGUGAAGGAAAUGAUGAUGGAAACUUUUGUUAGAGGUCCAUCCGAUGCACCGCCAUGCACAAUGCCUCCGCCUUAUGAUCCACAAACUCUUCAUUCAAUUUUGGAGAGAAAAGAGAAUUCAAUGAAGCAAGCUGAGACGUUGGAGAAACAGUAUUGGGACGCUCGAAAUAAACAUAACUAGUUAUGCAUUUUUACCUUUCUGCCUGCUUCCUCUUUUUGUCCAUAAGCGUUAACCAAUUUUUAACGUUUUUAAUCCACAUAAAAAAUGGAUAGACCUUUUUUAAUUUAAUUCA